AUGGACGUCCCGGCCGUGCAGCCUUCGAGCAACGUCGCCUUCCACAAGGGAGAGCGUGUCCUUCUGGACAGAGCUAGCGCGGGCCGACCCAAGCAACUGGAGGACUUGAAGCGGAAGUUCCAAUCCGCUUUGGAAUCCACCAAGUGUUUGGUUGGCCUGGACAUGGAGUGGAAGCCUGAUCGUUGCAAAGAGAACAGCAACCACGUUGCGCUGAUUCAGCUUGCUUUCGGCGGCUCUGUCUGGCUUGUGCGAACUUGUGAGAUCGAUCUCCCCCACUUUGUCCGCCAACUGCUCAAGGACAGCUCUGUUGUGAAGGUCGUUGCUGGUCUUGAUUCUUCUGACCGGAACAAGAUGCAAUCAUCGUUUGGCAUAGAGGUUCCGAAGAAUCCAGAGGAAGCGGGCUUCGUGGACAUCAGCCUGCUUGCCAGAGAAUGCGGUUUUGUCGGCUCUGGAGUGAAGAAACUUUGUGAGCGGUACGGCCUCCCGAUAGAGAAGAACAAGAAGGUAAGCUGCUCCAACUGGGCAGCGGCCAGGCUGACAGAAGACCAGCUUCAAUAUGCCUGUGAUGAUGCCUUCUUCACCUUGCUCUUGGGAGGACGGCUGCUGCAAGAGGAGAAGGUCUCACCUUCAAUGCUUCGCACCCGUGCCCGGGCGGCCUGCGAUCUGGUGCUCCCGGUAGCAGGUCUCAGCAUGCGAACGAAGGACAUGUCGGAGCGGCGCGCGGAGGUCAAUGCCUUCUUGCAAGAGCUCAAUGAGGCCAUUUCCCGAGCCUGUGAAGCUGAAGGGGUGGCAAAAUUCCCAGUUGCCAAAUUGGGGCAACUUCGCGACAAGAUUGGCGUGGCUUUUGGUGAUCGUGCGAGCCUCUUGCUUGUUCCUUUAGGAGCGCGCUUCCUCAAAGAGCAAUGCCAGCUCUUUGGCAUUAGCAAGCAAGACCAUGUCUGGGCACGUUCCGCUGCAGAGACGGCACCUUUCACGGAUGAAGAGAAGUCUCUCGAAUGGGCAUCCGCUCCCGAAAAAUCCUUGCAGACAUGGCUGAGCUUGCAGCAGCCUCGCAUGGCGAAGCAAGAGCUUUUGGGUCGCCUCGGCCUCUUGGCCCGAGCUUUCGAAGGAGUGGAAGAGUCGGCCAAAGCCUUUGCUGUGCGGAAGCAAGCAUGCGAGUUGAGCGCAUCUGCGACAGACUCGCCGGACCCUCCACAGCGAGGGCAGGCUGCUCGGUCCGCUGCAGGCCUCCGGCCUUCCGGCAACACCAAGAUCGUGGAAUGCCGCCCGCGGCCGCUGCGCAAGAAGUCUGAUCCCCAGACAGUGGUGGCGCGCGGCAUCCCCAAGCAGUGA